UUGAGACUUCAAAACAGAGUUUGUCCAAAAAAGGAACUCUGCAUUCUCAACGAAGAACACACAAACGAAGAAGACGAUAGAAAAGCCGAAGUAAAGAUAGAGAAGAUGAAGUCAGCUUUGGAUAUAUUGGAAUCAAACUCGAGCAAGGACCUGGCCAAAAAGAAAAGAGAAUUGGUGGAGAAGUGGGAAGGAAUUUGUAACAGUGGAAAGCAACAGGUGAUGUACAACUUCUUGUCGGUGAGCAAGGAUAUCAAUAGUUUUGGUGUGCUGACUAUGCCUGAAGAUUUUGUUGCCACAUUUGGUCAUACACUACCGUUCAUGAUAGGACUGAGCUGUAAAAAAGUCCUAUGGUGUGUGGACUACAAUAUUGAACGCAAGGAAAUAUGUAGCCUGAAUAGGUUCAAGAAAUUUUACGGAGUAAAGAUCUUGAACUUGGUACAAUUUGAUUACAUUGGAGAUGGUUUAUUCGUGAUUAGACUGUUCAAAGAUACAGCAUUUGAGUGUAAAUGCCCCACAGGCAGAGCAAAUGAUGUAGAAAUCAGCAAAGAGUGGGAGGCACUGAACAAAGCUCAGUACGUGCUGGACACCAACACACUUGAGUGUGAAAAAUCAAUAGCCCCGAUAUCUUUCAAUUCAUGCUCGAACCGAACUGAUUACACAUAUCUGAUGUUUGUGGAAUCAGAUAUUGAUCAGAGCAGAGGAAACAUGAUCUUGUCACCAAUGUGGGAGGAAUAUUAUAAACAUUGGGAGGAUGGUAGUUUUGUUGUGUUUAAAUUUCUUGAGAAGUCGUGGACUAUCAAUAUUAAAAAAAGAGGUGAGGUGUGCUAUUUAGGAAAAGGACUGCUACAGUUUGUGAGUGGCGCAGGAAUGAAAGACGGUGAUUUCCUUGUGGCUUUUAGAUAAAAGAAAGAAAUCCAUGAUUGUUUGAGAGUUUGCAUCUACGAUCAUGAAGACCAUGGCCUGGAGUUUGUGAAAGUGUCAUCUGAUCCAGUGCCAGUCAAGUGGAUCAAGUCCUUCUUCAAGAUCGUGUAUGAAAAUGCGUCUGAUCGAGGACUAUUUGAUGCUUGGAAGAAGACGGAUUUUUCUUUUCGGACAUUAAAGUUUUAUUAUCUAAAUUUCCCCGGUCAUCUUGCAUGUCCGAUGGUUAGAUGAUAAGCUUUCAUUCUCAUUUUCAAAAAACAAAAAUGCCUGUCAAAGUAUAAAAGAGGUGUAUUGGAUUGAGAUUUUAAAGCAUAUUUUUUCAUUCAUGAAAUCCGAGAGUAUUCGAUUGGGAUUGUUUGAAAUCCAUUAAAAUCUUGAGGUAUUCAAUUAGGAUUUUAAAUUAUGCUACAAAAUCUGGUGGUAUUCAAUUGAGAUUUUAAAUUAUGCUUUAAA